AUGUCUUCAGAGGCGCCCCCUCCCUUUCGGGAGCGAAUGCUUGGUUUGCUGGAACCAAGCCAAUUGAUGGCCAUGGCCAUAUCUUUGGGAUGGGUCAGCGCCUUCAUGACCCGCCUCUGGAAGUUUGAUUUCGAUCUGCUUGCCUGUGAACCAUGCAUCUUGCGACUUAUUUGCAUUGUAUUCUCGACGACCCUAACGGAGAUUGGAAUAGACUAUAUGCGCGUCUGCGUCGAAGCAGUCAAGCGAGGCGAGGUUCUCGCACCCAUCACUCAGACCGCCAAAAUCCGCGACGAAGCUUUUGCUCGAUUUUGGAUUGCAUUUUCGACCGCCCGAACAGCAGCGCCUGCUCCAAAUGCGCCUGAAACAUCUACCACCACUGAAGCCGAAGGACCCGAGCUCGUGGGCUCAGCAGCUCUCAUCCCUCCACUCCUCCGAACGGCUUCAGGCGUAGUCCUAGACAUUGGCCCCGGAACCGGUAGCCAAAUGCAUCUUCUCCGCUCCCCAGCCAUCACAUCAAUCUACGGUGCCGAGCCAUGUGUCGGCCUGCACGCAGAGCUCCGCGCAAGAGCGGCAGCCGAGGGUCUCGAGGCGAAAUACCACGUCUUGAGCUGUGGCGCCGCAUCCUCGGAACUUCUUCCUGCGCUCGAAGCGACGGGCACAGGUAUUGUUGAUGCGCAUAAUCGCGAUCGAAGCGGUGUUUUCGAUACGAUUCUGUGUGUGCGGGUCUUGUGUUCUGUGCCGCAGAUGGAGCGGACGACGCGGGAAUUGUAUGCUUUGUUGAAGCCCGGGGGCAGGUUGUUGGUUACGGAGCAUGUGGUGAACCCAUGGCGGACUGCCAAGGGGUCGUUUCUGGCGCGUGCGGCGCAGGCUAUCUAUAUGAUGUUUGGAUGGAGAUACUUUAUCGGGGAUUGUUGCAUGGAUCGGGAUACGGAGGGGGCGUUGAGACGAGCUGCGGAUCAAGAUGGUGGCUGGGAAAGUGCGCAGCUUGAGCGGUCGUUUGGCUGGUCGGCUUUGCCGUACAUUUCGGGGGUGCUGGUCAAGAAAACCCAGUAG